GAAGCCAGGUGGGGUGGGGGCAGGGCUUUGUGCCCAAGGUUGAGUUCUCAGGGUGGUCCUCUCUCCCCAGCUGUGUUCCAGGCAGCAGUGAACCCUCUGGGGGGUCGCUGGUCAGAGGCUCAGGAGAAGGAUUCUGGGCUGAAGACCACCUACAGGCCAGCUGAGCAGAUCUGGUAGCGCCUGGUGGAGCUGGUGGCCAGCAAGGAGGGGCUGCAGCCCAAGGGCAGCUUGGCCCAAGCCCUGAAGGUGCCUUGGAAGAUGGAGGGAUGGGGAACAGCCUGCCCCAGAGUCCUGUGGGAGGAGAGGCGUGACCACAGGGAAGCUGGACAACUUGGGAGCUCUGGGGCUGGGCCCUGUCUGCUGGGAGCAGACACAGUGGACCUUGGGUGAGAGUUCUGCACGACCAGCUGGGCACGAUGAACGGCCACGUCUCUUCUCCUCUUGAUGUCCUGGUUACCAACGACACCAAGCCAGCCAUCGUCUCCAAGACCAUGAAGGCCGUGCUGGGAGCUGACACCCCCUUGGGGCCCUCAGCUGAGGCAGCCUCGUCCACCCAGGCCAGGAGCAUCGCUGGGGUGUAUGUGGAGGCCUCGGGCCAGGCCCAGAGUCUCUACACUGCCAUGAAGCAGGGUCUCCUGCCUGGUGGGCUUGGGCUGGCUCUGCUGGAGGCCCAGGCAGCCACUGGGGGCCUCGUGGACCCUGCCCAGGGCCAGCUGCUCCCUGUAUCUGAGGCCCUGCAGCAGGGCCUGGUGGGCCUGGAGCUGAAGGAGAAGCUGCUGGCUGCUGAGCGUGCGGUCACUGGAUAUCCAGACCCCUAUGGGGGUGGGAGGCUGGCCCUCUUCCAGGCCAUCGGGAAGGAGGUUGUAGACAGGGCACUGGGGUGGAGCUGGCUAGAGGCCCAGCUGGCCACUGGGGGCCUGGUAGACCCCAUCCAGGGCACACGUGUGGCUCCCGAGCUGGCCUGCCAGCAGGGCCUCCUGGACCAGGAGACAUGGCGUGGCCUGUCAGAGCAUGAGCCCGGCUCGGGUGCCCUGGGCUUCCUGGACCCCAACACUCUGGAGAAACUGCCGUACCAUGAGCUGCUGGGCAGGUGUGUGCGGGCCCCCAACACGGGGCUGGCCCUGCUGCCCCUCAAGACCACUUUCUGCACCCUGAGUGGGGCAGUAAGCUUGGCCGAGCUGCUGGAGGCAGGGGUCCUGGACCAGGAGACGGCUCAGGGCCUGCGGGAGGGCAGGCUGGCAGUGCCAGACGUGAGCGCACGCGCUGAGGUGCAGCGCUACCUGCAGGGCACCGGCAGCAUGGUGGGGGUUGUCCUGCUGCCCGCUGGCCUCAAAAAGAGCUUCUUCCAGGCCGUCACUGAGCACCUGCUCCCAAUGGGGGCCGCGCUUCCAUUCCUGGAGGCCCAGGCUGCCACCUGCACACUGGUGGACCCAGCCUCUGGCCGGCAGCUGUCGGUAGAUGAGGCAGUCAGGGCAGGCCUCCUCGGCCCAGAGCUCCACAGGCAGCUCCUGGUGGCAGAGCAGGCAGUGAUGGGGUACCAUGAUCCCUUUAGUGGCACCCGCAUCCCCCUCUUCCAGGCCAUGAAGAAGGAGCUGGUGGACAGGCCUCUGGCGCUGCGGCUCCUGGAUGCCCAGCUGGCCACAGGUGGGCUAGUGUGUCCGACCCACAGGCUCCGGCUGCCCCUGGAGGCCGCCCUGCGCUUCGGCUGCCUGGACGAAGAGACUCAACAAUGUCUCUCGCAGGCUGCUGGCUUCUUGGACCCCAGCACACAGGAGAGUCUCAGCUACGGGCAGCUGCUGGCCCGCUGUGUCACCGACCCAGAGACGGGGCUGGCCUUCCUGCCCCUCUCAGUGGGAGCCCUCAGAGAGGAGCCCCAGGGACCCCCAUUCAUCGAGCACAGCACGCGGCAGGCCUUGAGUGCAGCCACGACCACCGUCUCCACGGGCAAGUUCCAGGGCCGGCUCGUGUCACUCUGGGACCUGCUCUUCUCUGAGGCAGUCCCUGUGGAGCAGAGGGCGACGCUGGCCCAGCAGCACAAGGAAGGGACCCUCUCGGUGGACGAGCUGGCAGCUACACUGAGGGCCACCCUUGAGCAGGCUGCAGCCACUGCCAGAACCACCUUUGCUGGGUUGAGGGUCGCCGUGACACCGGGAGAGCUGCUGAGCGCAGAGAUCAUCGACAAACACGUCUAUGAGCAGCUGGAACGAGGACAGACCACAGCCCAGGAUGUGGGCAGCCUGGACUCGGUGCAGAGGUACUUGCAGGGCACUGGCUGCAUUGCUGGCCUGCUGCUGCCCGACUCCCAGGAGCGGCUCAGUAUCUACGAGGCUCGCAGGAAGGGGCUGCUCAGGCCCGGCACGGCCCUCAUCCUGCUGGAGGCGCAGGCAGCCACCGGCUUCAUCAUCGACCCCAAAGAAAACAAGAGAUACUCCGUGGAAGAGGCACUAAGGGCCGGUGUCAUUGGGCCUGAUGUGUUCACCAAGCUGCUGUCGGCCGAGCGCGCCGUCACCGGCUACACCGACCCCUACACCGGGGAGCAGAUCUCCCUCUUCCAGGCCAUGAAGAAGGACCUCAUCGUGAGGGACCACGGCAUCCGCCUGCUGGAGGCCCAGAUCGCCACGGGCGGCAUCAUCGACCCCGUGCACAGCCACCGCGUGCCCGUGGAGGUGGCCUACCAGCGCGGCUACUUCGACCAGACGUUGAACUUGAUCCUGGCGGACCCGAGCGACGACACCAAGGGCUUCUUUGACCCCAACACGCACGAGAACCUCACCUACAUGCAGCUGCUGGAGCGCUGCGUGCAUGACCCCGACUCAGGGCUCUUCCUGCUGCCGCUCAGCAGCACAAAGCCCCAACUGGUAGACGGCGCCACCCGGCAGGCCUUCCAGAGCCUGUUGCUGUCAGUGAAGUAUGGGCGGUUCCAGGGGCAGAGGGUCUCUGCGUGGGAGCUGAUCAACUCGGAACGCUUCAGUGAGGACCGGAGGAGGCAGCUCCUGCAAGACUACCGGCUGCGCAAGGUCUCACUGGAGCAGGUUGCACAGCUGCUGGAGAGAGAGAUGGGGAGGUGGGCGGACAUCACCCUGCCUGCGCUGCGGGGCCGGGUUACCGCCUACCAGCUCCUGGAGGCCCACAUCAUUGACCAAGAGCUCCUGGACCGGGUGCUAGUGGGGGCAGUCAGCCCCGAGGAUCUCCUCCACAUGGAUGGUGUCCACAGGUACUUGCGUGGCUCCGGCGCCGUGGGCGGCGUGCUGUUACAGCCCUCCAACCAGCGGCUCGGUCUCUACCAGGCCAUGCAGCAGAAACUGCUGGGGCCAGGAGUGGCCCUGGCCCUGCUGGAGGCCCAGGCAGCCACUGGAGCCAUUAUUGACCCCCACAGUCUGGAGACCCUGUCGGUGGAUGAGGCCGUGCGCAGGGAGCUGGUGGGGCCAGAGCUGUAUGGCAGGCUGAGACAGGCCGAGGAUGCCAUCACCGGCUUCAGAGACCCCUUCUCUGGGAAGCGAGUGUGCCUGUUCCAGGCCAUGAGGAAGGGCCUUGUCCCUGUGGAGCAGGCUACCCGCUUCCUGGAGGCCCAGGUGGCCACAGGAGGAGUGAUUGACCCCACCGGCCACUACCACCUCCCUAUGUCCGUGGCCGCCCAGCGUGGCUGCAUCGAUCAGGACAUGGAGAUGGCCUUGUCCAGCUCCUCUGAGACCUUCCCCACGCCAGACGGCCGGGGACACACCAGCUACGCUGGGCUUCUGGAGCAGUGUCUGAGGGACGAGGCCUCUGGCCUUCGCCUCCUGCCCCUGCCAGAAAGUGCUCCCACUGUUCCCACAGACGAGCAGAUGCGGGAGACCCUGCAGGCCACAGAGGGGGCUAAAGAUGGCACGUCCCUCUGGGAGCUGCUGGACUCCUGCCACUUCACCGAGGAGCAGCGGAGGGGCUUUUUGGAGGACUUUAGGGUGGGGAAGACCACCUUGCAGCAGCUGCAGGCAGCCGUGAGGAGGUGGGUGCAGGAGGCAGAGCUCCUGGCACAGGCCCGCGUCACGCUGCCUGGCCCUCGGGGCGAGAUCCCUGCUGUCUGGCUGCUGGAUGCUGGUGUCAUCACCCAGGAGGCCCUGGUGGCACUGGCUCAGGGUGCACGGUCACCCGCUGAGGUCGCUGAGCAGCCUGAGGUGAAGGCCUGCCUGUGGGGCACGGGCUGUGUGGCGGGCGUCCUACUGCAGCCCUCAGGUGCCAAGGCAAGCAUCGCCCAGACCAUGAGGGACGGCCUCCUGCCUGUGGGCCUGGGGCGGAGACUGCUGGAGGCCCAGGUGGCGUCUGGCUCCCUUGUGGACCCUCUGACUAACCAGAGACUGUCAGUGGAAGGUGCAGUCCAGGCUGGCCUGGUGGAUGGGGCACUGGGUGAGCAGCUGCGGCAGGCUGAGGCAGCAGUGGCUGGGUACACGGACCCCUACUCGGGGGGCACCCUCUCACUGUGGCAGGCCAUGGAGAAGGGGCUCAUGCCCCAGAGUGAGGGCUUCCCCCUUCUGCAGGCGCAGCUGGCCACAGGGGGUGUGGUGGACCCCGUCCACGGGGUGCACCUGCCCCAGGUGGCAGCCUGCAGACUUGGCCUCCUGGACGAGCCGACAUGCCAGGCGCUGACCACGACAGACGAGGACAGCAAGUUCUUCUUCGACCCAAGCACGCGGGACAGGGUGUCAUACCAGCAGCUCAAGGAGCGCUGUGUCCUGGAUGCCGACACCGGCCUGUGGCUGCUGCCACUUCCCGAGGACAUGGCGCUCGAGGUGGACAACCACACAGCGGUGGCCCUGAGGGCCAUGAAGGUGCCCGUCAGCACGGGAAGGUUCAAGGGCCUCAGCGUGUCGCUCUGGGACCUGCUGCACUCAGAGUACGUCAGCAUCCAAAAACGGCGGGAGCUUGCAGUGCUCUGCCAGUCUGGGAGGGCCACAGCCCUGCGGCAGGUGGUCAGCGCAGUCACUGCCCUGGUUGAGGCCUCAGAAAGGCAGCCUUCAAGGGCUGCCUUCAGAGGUCUCCGGAAGCAGGUGUCGGCCAGCGACCUGUUCAGGUCCCAGCUGAUCGACAAGAAGACACUGGACGAGCUGAAUCAGGGGAGGAAGACUGUGCAAGAGGUGACAGAGAUGGACAGCGUGAGGCAGUUCUUGGAAGGAGGCAACUUCAUCGCCGGGGUCCUUGUCCAGGGCACAAAGGAAAGGAUGAGCAUCUCGGAGGCCCUUAGGAGGCACGUCCUGCGGCCGGGCACAGCCCUGGUACUGCUGGAGGCCCAGGCGGCCACUGGCUUCCUCAUUGACCCCGUGGAAAACCAGAAGCUGACCGUGGAGGAGGCCUUUGCAGCCGGGAUGUUUGGCCGGGAAACCUACCAGAAGCUGCUGUCGGCCGAGCGCGCCGUCACCGGCUACACCGACCCCUACACCGGGGAGCAGAUCUCCCUCUUCCAGGCCAUGAAGAAGGACCUCAUCGUGAGGGACCACGGCAUCCGCCUGCUGGAGGCCCAGAUCGCCACGGGCGGCAUCAUCGACCCCGUGCACAGCCACCGUGUGCCCGUGGAGGUGGCCUACCAGCGCGGCUACUUCGACGAGGAGAUGAACCGUGUGCUGGCGGACCCGAGCGACGACACCAAGGGCUUCUUCGACCCCAACACGCACGAGAACCUCACCUACCUGCAGCUGCUGGAGCGCUGCGUGCGCGACCCUGACACGGGGCUCUACAUGCUGCAAAUUGUUAAAAAAGGAGAAACCUACAUGUAUGUUGAUGAAGCCACAAGGCAAGUUCUGCAAUCCAAAACUACGACGAUGCAUGUGGGGAAGUUUGCUAAUCAGAUGGUCUCCUUCUGGGAGCUGCUGUCCUCCCAGUAUUUCACAGAGGAAAGGAAGCGAGAGCUUGUCCAGGAGUACAGAGCCCAAAAAUUGAGCCUGGAGCAGUUGUUGGAGGUCCUUACCACGACAAUCGAAGAAACAGAAAAGCAAAACCAAGUCAUCAAGGUGGCAGCCAUUGGUGGGGAGGUGACAGCUGCAGAGCUAUUCAAUUCUGGAAUCAUUGAUAAAAAGACCCUGGACACCCUGCACAGGAGGCAAGGUGGGGGGCAGGACCUCAGCUGGCUAGAACACGUGAAGACCUAUCUGGAAGGCAGUGGCUGCAUUGCAGGGGUGACGGCACCUGCCACCCAGGAGGUGAUGAGCUUCUAUGAGGCCAGCAGGAGAGGACUCAUCCCUGUGGGGUUUGCAACUCAGCUGCUGGAGGCACAGGCGGCCACAGGGUUCAUGCUGGACCCCCUCAGCCACCAGAGGCUGUCUGUGGAUGAGGCCGUGGUGGCCGGCCUGGUGGGGAAAGAGUUGCAGGAAAGGCUUCUGAAUGCCGAGAAGGCCGCCAAAGGCUACGUGGACCCAGCCACGGGAGACACGAUCUCGCUGUUCCAGGCCAUGAAAAGGAAGUUAGUGAAACAGGAGGAGGCUCUCAGACUGCUGGAGGUGCAGGUAGCCACGGGGGGCGUCAUCGACCCGCUGCACCACCACCGGCUCCCGCUGGACACAGCCUACAAACGAGGCUGUCUGCACCAGGACAUGUACCCUCUCGUUUCAGAUCAGAAGCACAUGAAUAAAAGGUUUGUGGAUCCCAACACUCAAGAGAAGGUGACAUAUCAGGAGCUGCAGGAAAGGAGCCGCCAGGAAGAGGGGGCGGGCUGGGCUCUGUUCCCGGUGCUCACAGACAGAAAGGACGUGGAGUACAUCGAUGAGGCAACAAGGAGUGCCCUGGAGGCCAAGCGGGUGGAGGUCACAGUAGGAAGGUACAAGGGCCAGACGCCAUCAGUGUGGGAGCUGCUGAACUCAGAAUAUGUGACAGAGGAGAAGAAACUCGAGUUAGUAAGUCAAUACAAAAGAGAUACAACACAUGCACUAGAAAAAGUAGUCAAAAUUAUAUUUGAAAUCAUUGACGAAAAGGAAAAGAGCAAUAAACAACUAUGGUUCAGAGGGAUCAGAGGACAAAUCACAGCCGCCGAGCUCUUCCGGUCGGCAAUCAUCAGCAAGGAGACGCUGGAGGAACUGGAGAAAGGAGGAGGCAGAGUGGAAGACAUCGAGGAAAACGAAGCAGUAAAGCGCUACCUGGAGGGGACUGGCUGCAUCUCGGGCGUGCUGGUGCCCGCCAAGGACCAGCCCGGGCGGCAGGAGAAGAUGAGCAUCUACCAGGCCAUGUGGAAGGGUGUCCUGCGGCCCGGCACGGCCCUGGUGCUGCUGGAGGCGCAGGCCGCCACCGGCUUCGUCAUCGACCCCGUGGGCAACCAGAGGCUGUCCGUGGAGGAGGCGGUGGCCGCGGGCGUGGUGGGCGGCGAGAUCCAGGACAAGCUGCUGUCGGCCGAGCGCGCCGUCACCGGCUACACCGACCCCUACACCGGGGAGCAGAUCUCCCUCUUCCAGGCCAUGAAGAAGGACCUCAUCGUGAGGGACCACGGCAUCCGCCUGCUGGAGGCCCAGAUCGCCACGGGCGGCGUCAUCGACCCCGUGCACAGCCACCGCGUGCCCGUGGAGGUGGCCUACCAGCGCGGCUACUUCGACGAGGAGAUGAACCGUGUGCUGGCGGACCCGAGCGACGACACCAAGGGCUUCUUCGACCCCAACACGCACGAGAACCUCACCUACAUGCAGCUGCUGCGGCGCUGCGUGCGCGACCCCGACACGGGGCUCUACAUGCUGCAGCUGGCCGACCGGGGCUCCGCCGUGCACCAGCUGAGCGAGGAGCUGCGCGCCGCCCUGCGCGACGCCCGCGUCACGCCCGGCCCGGGCGUCUUCCAGGGCCACAGCGUCUCCGUCUGGGAGCUCCUCUUCUACCGGGAGGUCCCCGAGAGCCGGCGGCAGGACCUGCUGCGCAGCUACCGGGCGGGCGCGCUGACCGCGCAGGAGGUGGGCGCCGCCCUCACCGCGCUGCUGGCCCGGGCCGAGGACGGGGGCCCGCGCCCGGCGCCCCCGGACCCUCGGGGGGCGCUGCGCGCCGCCACCAUGGAGGUGAAGGUGGGCCGUCUGCGGGGGCCGGCGGUGCCCGUGUGGGACGUGCUGGCGUCCAGCUACGUGGGCGGCGCCACGCGGCAGCAGCUGCUGGCCCAGUUCGGCUCGGGGACGCUGGGCUUGCCCGCGCUGACCCGCAGGCUGACCACCAUCAUCGAGGAGGCCGAGGCGGCCCACGGGACCGAGCAGGCGCACGGGGACGCCGCCGCAGGCCCGGGAGAGCCGGGCGAGCCUGGGGAGCCGGGGCCGCCGGGGCGCCGUGACGGCGAGGCCGACGCCGAGGCCGCCCGUCGCCUCCAGGAGCAGGCCCUGCGCGCCGCCACCAUGGAGGUGGGCGUCGGGCAGUUCCGGGGACAGCGGGUCUCCGUGUGGGACGUCCUCUUCUCCUCCUACCUGGGCCAGGCCCGCCGGGACGAGCUCCUGGCCCAGCACGCGGCCGGCGCCCUGGCCCUGCCCGCCCUGGUCGCCACCCUCAGCCAGCUCAUCGAGGAGACGGAGGAGCGGCUGAGCAAGGUGUCCUUCCGGGGCCUGAGGCGCCAGGUGUCCGCGUCCGAGCUGCGCACGUCCGGGAUCCUGGGCCCCGAGACCCUGCGGGACCUGGCCCAGGGCACGAAGACCCUGCAGGAGGUGACGGAGAUGGACUCGGUCAAGCGCUACCUGGAGGGCACGAGCUGCAUCGCGGGCGUGCUGGUGCCCGCCAAGGACCAGCCCGGGCGGCAGGAGAAGAUGAGCAUCUACCAGGCCAUGUGGAAGGGUGUCCUGCGGCCCGGCACGGCCCUGGUGCUGCUGGAGGCGCAGGCCGCCACCGGCUUCGUCAUCGACCCCGUGGGCAACCAGAGGCUGUCCGUGGAGGAGGCGGUGGCCGCGGGCGUGGUGGGCGGCGAGAUCCAGGACAAGCUGCUGUCGGCCGAGCGCGCCGUCACCGGCUACACCGACCCCUACACCGGGGAGCAGAUCUCCCUCUUCCAGGCCAUGAAGAAGGACCUCAUCGUGAGGGACCACGGCAUCCGCCUGCUGGAGGCCCAGAUCGCCACGGGCGGCGUCAUCGACCCCGUGCACAGCCACCGCGUGCCCGUGGAGGUGGCCUACCAGCGCGGCUACUUCGACGAGGAGAUGAACCGUGUGCUGGCGGACCCGAGCGACGACACCAAGGGCUUCUUCGACCCCAACACGCACGAGAACCUCACCUACCUGCAGCUGCUCCAGAGGGCCACUCUUGACCCCGAGACGGGCCUCUUAUUUCUUUCUCUCUCUUGAGAUGAAUGAAGCCUGUGUUACUUUGUCCUCUCUUUGUGUAUAUAUAUAGAUAUAGAAUAUAGAUACAGAUGUAGAUUAUAUGUAGUCUAUAUAUAGAUGGAAAGUAUAUUACUGUAUAUUUCAACAUUUUCUUAUUUCCACCUUUUUUUGCCUUGUGUCUAACUAACUUCUUUCAUACAUCUGCUGCCAUUCUCCUUUUUCCAUAUUACUUUUUUCCCAUGUUUACUCAUUUCCCCUCAAAGAAGCGCAUGCUCUUUUGUCAUCUUCAUCAUGAUAACUCCUGGUUUUCUAACUUGUGAAUCUUCCAUCUAUUUUUUUUUUCAUGAAAUUUGACCCUGAGCAUCCCUGAUAAACUCUGCUACACUUUGUGAACGUUAAUAAUGGAAAUCUCAAGUAAAAUUAAUGUUGGGAUUCUCACAAUAUCUACCACUCACUGUUGAUUACCCCAAAGAGGAAGGGACUGAAUCUUGUGUCCCCAUCAGGAUGUUUCCUACUACUUUACUCUAGGAAGAGGAAGGAAGAUUUUCUUCUUGCCCAGCAACAAGCUAAGGCAAGGUAAAAUGCCACGGCUCAGCCAAUGAGAAACCAUUGCCGCCCUGAACUGUUACUUUCUCCCAGUGGACUUUCCUUUAGACAACUCGUCCCCAUUCUCCCUUUUUCUCUGUAAAAACAAGCUCCCCUGUUUUGUUCUGUGGAUUUGCCUGUGGUUCACCAAUGUUUGCGUGUCCUGAAUUGUAAUUCUUUUGCUAUUUUCAAAUAAAGUCAUUUUGCUAGUAUAAUAACUGGGUAUUUUAUUUUAAAGUUGACAAUUUAGAAUGAAGAACUCUCUUGGUCCUCGGAAUAUCUUCCUUAAGUGUAUACAUCAAUAUGUUGCAUUCAUAUUUUUAUUAAAUGUAUUCCUUUCAA